AUGGCUUGCAUUACCCGGCGACGCCUUCAGAGACAAAAAGAAUUCAUUCUGGACGGGGUGGCGGUGGACACCAUUGGCAGUAGCUACACAAACAUCCUCCCUAAACUGUGGUCUCCAUUGCCUCCUUAUAACGCUCAGCUGGAUAUCCAUGCCGCCAGCUACUUCUCCUCUCCAGUGGUCAAGUCACUGUUGACAAAAACAGGACAGACCCGUGGAGGGACCUCUGGGAAUGGCUGGAUAGUGGAUUAUUUCCAUAUUUACGGGCCAGGUCAGAGGUACUUAAACCGGAGAAACUGGGCAGGAGCAGGUCAUUCUUUGCAGCAAGUGGCUGGUCACCAUUUGUACUUGUCGGACGCACAUCCUAUUAGAGGGUUCAACGGGCGCUACGGCUACCGUCGGAACACCCCUGAUCUCCGCACACGUUCCUCUUGUUUCGGAGAAGUCACUUGCCUCCCCCUCUACUAA